UGCCGGUGUUCGGGCGCAUGCUGCGGCCGGCGUUCCAGUCUGCGCUGGACCUGCUGAGCCAGCAUGUCAGCUACAACGUGUUGGGAGCCCUGGCCGUGCUGCUCACCAGCGCGGCUACGUUCGUCUUCUGGUUCCCAGGUACGCUCGGCUACGUCGGAUUCACGCCGGGCUGGGGUGGCAACCGCAGCGAGGACAGCGUCUCGGCGCGCUUUGACGCCGUGCUGAAGCGUUACAACGUGGACCCCGACGCCUGCCUCAAGGUGGCCAUGUGCUCCGUGGGACGCCUCGGCGCCGAUGGCGGCGACGGGAUGCAGAGCAAGCAGCGCCGCCAAGCCGGCCCUGUCGAGGUACUCGACUCCAUGCUAAGCCUGACGUUCAUGGACGAGGUUUUGCUAAGCCGCAGCCUACGGAGCGCGCGCCAGGUGGGGGAGGCAGGCGGCGACUGCGACGCCUUCAACCGCGGCGGCCGCUGUCCUUUCAACGCGGCUGCCUGGAGGGUCCUGCUGUCCACCAUCAACCGGACGCUCGCGUAACGCGACACCAUCACCGCCUUGCCUUACAUCGUCACUCACAGCCCUGGAGUGGAGACGCGCCCCAUCCUGCGGCCUUUACGCACCGACUGCCGAACUGCCAUGUGCUCUUCCAGGAAGGACAGUAGCUGAGUGUGCCGUGACGUGCAGAAACAGCUGAUAUAGUAAAGCACCAUUCGCUUACUUUGACAUCUCACACGGGAAAAACAAAAAUUGCGUGAGUAAA